GCCAUUUCCAGAGCUUGAAGCAACCCAAAUCCCUUUUGUCUUUGGCGUCAUUCAUCAUUAUAAAACAAAAAAAUAAAAAUACACACACGACUGAAAAUGGUUAUCCCCACGUAAUGUGUAAUCUUCUUCUCCUUUUCCAUUUAUUUUUGUUAGUAUAUUUUUAAGGUAAAAAGUAAAAACAACAGCCUUCGUUAGUACAUUUCCUUAGCAAAACAAAACUUCUCCCCAAUAAAUCCAUCACAACCCAAAAUUGCUCUGAGAAGAAUAAAAUCUCUAAUCUUUUUGUAGUUUAUACUGUGAAAACCCAAUUACACUGAAUUUAUUGGGUACUAAUUAUAUAGCAGACUAUGAUAACAGUACAUCCAAUCUUUUAAGUUGCAGAAUUUGCGUGCCGAACCGACAAGAAAUGAUAAUAAAUUAUAAUUGCAACAAUUGAAAUAAAAAUUUUAGAUUUAGCUAUUAUUAUUCUUGCUAUUUUAAUUUAAUUUAAUUUUUUUUGGCCUUUUGGGGGUCUAUUUAUCUUCUGCCCUUGACACCUUUACCCCAUUCUAAUUCUUCUUCACAGUGCUUUGCCUUUUUUUCUAUCCGGAAAUAAGUUUCCCCUGCAUCUGUAUUGAUCUGGUAACCGAGGAUUCCUAUCUGGGUCGUCUCGCAGAUUCUGCCUAUUUGAUCUUUUUUCAUCUGGUAGAAGCCAUUCCUGUAAGCAGUAUAUUUUCUGGCAAUCAGAAGGUCGAUUUCUGCACUGUGUUGGUUCAAUCCAAUCAUAUAUGGGCUGAGCUGUGCAUUUCAUGGGAGGUGUAGACGAUGAAGAACCACCUUCAAAACGUGUGAAAGUAUCCUCUGUAGUCUUAGGAGGUCUUUCCAACGGUAUAUAUACUAGGGAACUCGCAAGUUGCUCUUACAGUGAAUCAAUGGCCCGGCCCCUAUCAUCUGAGGGGGACAAUGAGGUUGUUGGUCAAAAAGGUAUUGUUAGGAAAGCAGAAUUUAUUCGGAUCAUAGCCGAGGCAUUAUAUUCACUUGGCUACGAAAAGAGUGGUGCAUAUCUGGAAGAGGAAUCUGGGAUAUCGUUGCACUCGUCUGCUGUUACUUCUUUCAUGCAGCAAGUUCUUGAUGGCAAAUGGGAUGAAAGUGUUAUGACAUUGCGCGAAAUUGGUCAAGUGGAUGAAUCUAUUGUUAAAUUGGCAUCUUUUGUUAUUCUGGAGCAGAAAUUUUUUGAACUUCUGGAUGGAGAGAAAUUGAUGGAUGCUCUGAAGACAUUAAGGACUGAAAUUGCACCAUUGUGUGUGAACAGUGAUAGAGUUCGUGAGCUCUCCUCCUGCAUUGUUUCUCCUUCACAUCGUGAUCAUUUUGGAAUUUCUGGUCAAGAUGCGAAACGGUCAAAGUCACGGUCAAAUUUGUUGGAUGAAUUGCAAAGAUUGCUGCCACCGACAGUAAUGGUCCCUGAACAAAGGUUAUUACAUCUUGUAGAACAAGCUCUUGACCUGCAACGGGAUGCUUGUAAAUUUCACAACUCGUCUGUUGAAGAUAUGUCACUGCUCACUGAUCAUCAGUGUGGAAGAGAUCAUAUUCCAUCUCAUACUUUACAGAUACUUAAAGAACACCGUGAUGAAGUCUGGUUCUUGCUAUUUUCCCACAAUGGGAAAUAUUUGGCUUCGUCAUCAAAUGAUCGCACAGUGAUUAUUUGGGAGGUUAAAGUGGAUGGCAAACUCUCUUUGAAGCAUAGAUUAAAUGGUCACCAGAAACCUGUCUCCUACAUAUCAUGGAGCUCUGAUGACCUUCAAGUCCUGACAUGUGGAGUGGAGGAGGCGGUUAGACGAUGGGAUACUCUGUCUGGUGAGUGUCUCCACACAUAUGAAAAGGCUGGUCUGGGUUUGGUGUCAUGUGCAUGGUCUCCAGAUUGCAGAAGCAUAUUUACUGGAGUAAAUGACAAGAGUAUCAUCAUGUGGGACGUUGAUGGGAAGGAGCUAGAGAGUUGGAAGGGGCAGCGGACAAGCAAGAUAUCGGAUUUGGGGGCAUCUAGUGAUGGGAGGCUUAUUACCGUUUGUAAAGAUAAUAUGAUUUUAUUAUUUGGAUGGGAAGCAAAGGAUGAGAAAAUAAUAGAAGAGGAUCAAACAAUUAUUUCAUUUUCACUAUCCAAGGAUGGAAAAUUCCUGCUGGUUAGUCUCUUAAAUCAAGAAUUACAUCUGUGGAAUAUCCAAGAUAAUGCAAAGCUCGUAGCUAAAUACAAAGGUCACAAGCGCUCUCGUUUCGUUGUAAGAUCCUGUUUUGGAGGCCUAGAGCAAGCAUUUAUAGCUAGUGGGAGCGAGGAUUCCCAGGUGUAUAUAUGGCACAGAAGCUCAGGAGAGCUGGUUAUGACAUUACCUGGACAUUCUGGCACUGUUAACUGUGUAAGCUGGAAUCCAGUGAAUCCUCAUAUGCUGGCUUCUGCAAGUGAUGAUCAUACAAUUCGCAUAUGGGGUCUAAAUGAGGUGAAGGUAAAGCACAAUGGAGUUCAUACUAAUGGUGUUCAUUACUGCAACGGUGGGAGUUGAGGUGUUUGUCGCAAAGCACACAAAUAUUUUACAUUCUUGAUACAUCUCAACUUAACCAUGGUUUUUGUGUAAAUCCUUUUAGUUUUAAUGUUCAGUCCGACAUUUAUAACAACAAGAAGAAUGUAAAAUGUGCAUUCAAAUUUCUAAUAAUUUCUGAACACUUUCAAGCCUCAAUACUUGAUUAGAGUUUCUUUCUCGCUUGUUUUUAUACCUUUGUUUAUGAGGUGAUUGUUCUUCUCUUUUCUGGUUUUGGGGGUGCUUGUCUGGGAGGAUCGUUGGUUCAUAAAGCGAAACCCGGCUAGUUUUAUUUUUUAAAAAAAUGCAGUCUUUAGUUCCCUGAAAGACCUUUGUUAAUGGUUGAAAAAGGAAUGAAGCUUCGUAAUGAUUUGUAGCUCUUUCGGGAACUUCUAGUUUGAGUUACCAAUCAAAGAAAGAAUAGCCAUGAAUAUGUCGGAGUGUGAUGUGAUUUAUCUGUCACCAAUCAAAGAAAGUGCAGUUAUGAAUAUGUUGGAGUGAUAUAAGGAUCCUAACCAAGAAGUUAGAUCCAUCAUCAGCUCCGGUUGAAGCUUAUCGGGGCUAUCUCUGAACUUUCUACUCUAGUAAUAAACUAAUAGAAGGGAGGUCCAAGAUAUUAUAAUAUGGUUUACUCCCUAAACCAAUGUAUGAAUAUUUCCAUAAAUCAAUAAUAUACAGGUACGAUUUUCAAAAAAAAGAAUAAAAAUGUUGGAGUGUCUUGUCAUUGAUCAUCUUGGUAAAAAUGAACGCCAUUACUUUAGUUUUCAUUCUUUCGAAGAUUCAGAUGGCAUUUUUGAUUUUUCUUGGCAUAUGUUUUUUACCCUGAAGUUGUGUCAUGGGCUAUAAGGCAACUUUUACAUAUGUGUUCUGUAAUGGAAAGAACACUUCGUGGUAGCUGUUGUUUCACUUCUGAUCAAUGUAGAACCAGAAAGUUCAACCAGACAAAUGGUUUGAUCAUGGAGAUUCAGAAGGUAAAACGGUUUUGAAUUAUCCACAUUAUCCUUGAGCAGUUCUGAUAUUUCUGGGUACAAAGUUUUGAAGAAGAAAAAAACCUCAACCAAACCAAAACAUUUCAAAAUAAUUAAUAUUAAGGUGAAUUGAUAUUACAUACAAAAGCAAAAGGCAAAAGAUGGAUAGGGUUCUCUUUGUUAAGCAAGACUGAAAGAGCUAGCUGCGCUCUCAACAUACUUCCUGGCACCUUUGAACCAUCUCUUGUCUCCAGCUUGUGCUUUGCAGAUGUAAAGCUUGCCGUCGGAUACGGUCGCCGUGAUCAGCUGGUGCUUCCCGCCUUCAUCACCAUCUGCAGUCCUUGUUAACACGGUCACGAAGUAGUAUUGUUUCCCGUUGACUGUUGGAGUUGCCGUCUCCAGUAUGUUAGCGGUCGCGACCUGGUUAUCUGUGAACCCUCCCUGAGGAGAUGAUGAUGAUCCAGUUGUAUAUAGUUAGUUUUGCAGGGUUCAAAUUUUGAUGGCAAGAUGAGCUAGUUAAACUCUUUUGAAUACCAUAUAAAUGUUCUGAAGAGGAUCUUACCUCAGCGUCGGUUUUACCGGAGUAGGCUUGUUUUCCUAGAAGGUAAUCAACCUGUGGGAAUCCCAGAAUCAGUCAUUCUCUUCCACAAAAAUUGUUUGAUGCUAUCGAAACAUUGGAAAUUGAACUUAAGAAACGCAAAAGAUAACAUAUUGGUAAAAUGGGUUAUAUACCUUGGAGAGGAAUUCCUCAGGAGAACCAUAGUCAGUGAUGGACUUCUUGUCAGUUGGUUGGACCAAAACACAGAGAUUGCUGGUGGAAUCGAAGUUGUC